UCGCACGUGCUACAUUUAAAUGUAAAGAUGGGAUUAAAAGGUGCAUUUUUCUAAUUUCAUGUUCAAAUUCCGAACAUAGCACAUUUUCAAACACAAGACAUCUGCAUUGUCACGUUCUGCCUAGACGUAAUGUCAAAAACCCACAGGUGGUGUUGAGGCACUUAGCGGUCGUCAUAUCGUUGAGAUGUCUAAGCUUAUCCGCAUAAAGACAGGAGUAGCCGUGGUAAGCAGUCUACCUUGUUCGUUUGCCUGAGAUUGCUGAAUGACGUAAGGAAGUACUAUAAUGAUAUAUUUAAGAAACAUUCAGAUCUGAAACAAGCACAGAACAUCUUAGCAUUUGAGCGUCAGUUACUAUUCGAGCCAGAAACAGACCAACAAGACGUGACGCCAUUACGAUGUGGGUGUUACUACCACUUAUUGUGCUUCUGUCUAUAAAAGGCUCAGAGAGCCAGCAGUGUCAAUGUGAGUCCUCGGAACCUGUUUGCUUUCUAAAAUAUGAAAAGGACUGCAAGAUGUUUAUAUUUUGUGUAAAUGGAAUUUCAAAUUUGCGGCGAUGUGCAUUUGGGACAUUUUUCGAUCAAGAGAGGGACCUAUGCACGUUUUCUGCCGAAGUUGCAUGUGCUGCAGACCCAUGUGUUAAGGAACCAUCUUUGAAAUCUUAUAUUGAUGGGGAUGGCCACUGCAAACAUUUCUGGCGAUGCGUAGAAGGUAAAUCCUCACCUUUCUGCUGCGAAGAAGGAAUGGGUUAUGACGAAGGCCUAAAUGCAUGCGUUCGUUCCGACUCAUGCACGGAAAAGUGCGAAGUGGGACCAUCGGAAGUAAGCAACACUGAUGACAAUAAAGAACAGCAACAGCAACAACGAGAAACAACACGGGCUAUUGUUCACGCCCCGACUACCUCCCGUCCUGAGACUGUGGCUGGAUGUAGGCUCCGCAUGAUUCGUCACAAUGGACGUGGGUUUUACCAUAUUGACAGGGAGAACGAACCACUUAUGUGUCCUGAAGGAACAAAAUUCAGCGAGUCGUCUUGUGGUUGUGUUGAUUCUAGAUACAAGCCAACGUGCAAGCUGGAAGUCCUUAUCUCAUUUGGGAAAUCUGAUGGAAAAAUAGAAAAUCGAGCUACGUCCAUAUUUAUCGGCCAUGAAAAUCUUGACAUUCUACGUGGUUUUGGACUAUUCAAAGGUGAUUCCCAAAUAAAUGUGCCGUUUUACACUGGAAACGAUAAUCUAUCAAGGAAAUUCGGAUUCCAAAUACGUCUCUACGUAUUGCAGCCCAAGACUCCAGACAUACAAACUCUGCUAUCAAACUGUAAUCGAACUGACGAACAAAUGUCGUCACUUGAAAUUAAGCUUGAUCCCUUACAGAGGACGAUGCGAUACAGAGCUAGAAGUGAAGACGGUGGCUGGACAGAACUAGUGUUACCAUAUAAGGAGAAGGUUUGGACCAAUGUUUUGUUUAUAUUCAGCGGAACAUAUCUACAGGCAAUGCUACAAUACGUUGAUCCAGUUACAAAUGAUGUCGUUGAGGAGGUCCAAAAACGUCCAUUUACAAAUACCCUGAAGGUCAGUCCGGGGCCAUUGAGAGUCGGCGGAUGUAGUGGAAUGGCCGGUGUCAAGGCAUUUGUGGAUGAGAUUGCAGUGUCUUUUUGCAAAAUGGACUUCCCAGAAAAAAGCAGACCUUGAUUGUUAUUUGCUCAUUUUUUCUAUCCGUCACGUACACUGUACAUAUAACUACGCACAUGCACACAAAACGGGAUGUUAUUUAUACCACACAUAGCUGUCCUUAUUUUAGAAUGUAAGGUAGAACAUUGUUUGUCCGGGUUCUUCUGUUUGCAACAUACUAUAUAGAGCAAUGAAUCGUUUGGAGUAGGGGCACAACAGAUAUGUCACUUGGAUACAAUACAAUAGUGUAUUGAUGUCAGUAUUUUACCAAAUAUUAACUUUCCGUUUUCCGCUCUAAUGUAUAUAGUGAUAUCUUUAUUACAUUCUACUUGUAAACUCUUUAUUCUUAAUAACAGUUUUGCAACAGAUUUAGUCGGAAUAAUUAAUACUGUAAUUGCAUUUUUUAUUAUGAUGAAAUAAAAUUAAAAACAAACAUA